AUGACUGAAUUAGUUGAACGUAAGGGUUUUAAAAUUGAAUCAACUACAACAUUAAAAAAGAAAAAAAAAGAUAAAAAAGCCAAAUCAAAAGAUCCUGGACAUGUACGUAUUGUUGAUGAUGAUGCACCAGUACCAUGGAGUACAGCAACAGAAUCUGGUAUUAUAGCUGAUGAUGAAAUUGUUUCGUUUGAAGAUACUCCAGUUAUUGUCGGUGUUGUUGAUGAACGUCCAUCAGAAAUGCGUGAAAAAGAACGUUUUAAUGAUGUUAAACGUUGGCGUACAGCAGCUUUUGAAGAAGUACCUGAACAUGGUAGUAUAGGACCUCAACCAAAAUCAACAAAAACUCUUUCAUCAUUAAAGUCUCGUCAAAAACCAAAUUCAUCUGAUGAUAGUGAUCCUGAAAUUGAUCGACAUCAAUCAAGAAGAAAUGACGAUCCUGAUUUAUCUCCACCACGACGAAAAACACUUCAAAAUGAUGAUGAUUUUUCUCCUCCGAGAAGAAAACGACAACCAGUUGAUGAUUCAAGUUCACCACGACGAAAAAUUCAUCAAAACGAUGAUGAUUCAUCUCCUCCAAGAAGAAAAUAUCAAUCCGACGAUGAUCCUAGUCCACCGCGACGACGUGAUCCAUCUCCAACACGACGAAAACAAGAUGAUUCUUCUUCUUCUUCUACUUCACGAAAAAAACAUCGAACAACUAAUGAUUCUAGUCCACCGAGACGGCAUGAUUCUUCACCUUUUCGACAAAAACACAAAUAUAAUGAUGGUUCAAAUCCAUCAACACGACGUGAUACUUCUUCUCAUCGCAAACGACAACCACAAGAUGAUGAUGAUGAUGUAAGUCCUCCAAGACGUCGAGAUAAAUCUUCACCAUCUCAUCGAAGAAAUGAUCGACAUUCCCGACAAGAAUCAUCACCAUCAUCUACAUAUCGGCGUCAACCAAAAGAAGAACCAUCAUCAUCAUCAACAACGAAUCGUCGAUCAAAACAAGAAUCAUCUCCACCACCUUCACAACCAGCCAAAUCGGAACGACGACGUUUAGCUGAACACAAAGAACAAGUAGCUGAACGAUAUGCACAAUGGGGUCGUGGUUUAGCUCAAGUUCGACAGUCAGAAGAUGCUGCGAAAGAUUAUUUGGAACAAGCAGCAAAACCAUUAGCACGUUAUCGAGAUGAUACAGAUCUUGAUACGAUGCUUAAACAAAAACAACGUGAAGAUGAUCCAAUGCUCAAAUAUCUUUCCAAUCGAACAUCUGAUGUAGGUGAUCGAACGAAUAAUAGUAAUAGUGUUCCAGCUAAACCUCGUUACAGAGGACCUGAUCCUCAAAAGAAUAGGUUUGAUAUUUGGCCUGGUUAUCGAUGGGAUGGUGUCGAUCGAUCAAAUGGUUAUGAAAGGAAAUUAUUUGAAUCAAUUGCUAAUCGGCAUGCUAAAUCACAAGAAGCCUAUUUAUGGAGUGUUGAAGAUAUGUAA